UGAUAUAUUGGGCUACAUCAUACAGCUUUUUCCGGUUCAGAUCUCUUCAGUCAUACCCCUUCCUGUCUGUCACUAUGGCAGAGGAUGAUGUAGGAAAGAUGGCAGUGCAGGGUUUAGGUCGCUCUUUACCGCUGGUAGUGGUUCUCGGAGCUACCGGUACGGGGAAGUCUAAACUGGCGGUGCAACUUGGGCGGACGCUUGGAGGGGAAAUAAUCAGCGCGGACUCCAUGCAGGUAUACAAGGGACUGGACAUUAUCACUAAUAAGGUCAGUUCAGAUGAGCAGAAACUGUGUACACACCACAUGAUCAGUUUUGUGGAUCCUUUGGUUAACAGUUACACAGUUGUAGACUUUCGAAACAAAGCCGUGGCUCUGAUUGAAGAUAUUUUCUCAAGAAGCAAGAUUCCAAUUGUUGUGGGAGGAACAAAUUACUACAUUGAGUCUUUGCUUUGGAAAGUUUUAUUGAAUACGGCAAAAACAGAUGGAAUAAAAAGUUCUGUAACCAGCAAUGAAAAUACACAGACGGAAGUUGAUAGGAAAAAAGAACUGGAGAAAUUAGACAGCCAUGAACUCCACUUGCGUCUUAAGGAUGUGGACCCAGAGAUGGCAUCAAAGCUACAUCCAAAUGACAAACGUAAAAUUGCCAGGAGCCUACAGGUGUUUGAAGAAUCUGGCAUCCCACACACUGAACAUUUGAAGCGCCAGCAAGAAGAAAAAGGAGGGGGACCUCUUGGUGGAGCCCUGAGAUAUCAGAAUCCCUGCAUUCUAUGGCUUCAUGCAGAUCAGGAAGUUUUGAAUCCUCGUCUAAAUGCCAGAGUAGAUGAGAUGCUAAAACUUGGGUUGAUCCAGGAGCUACAGGACUUUCACAAGAGUUACAAUGAGAAGCUGAUAACUCAAUACAGGCAGGAUUACCAGCAUGGCAUCUUUCAGUCCAUUGGCUUCAAGGAAUUCCAUGAAUACUUAAUAAGUGAGAAUAGUGCUCCAAGUGCAAGGGAGGUCCUUCUUCAGAAAGGUAUUGAGAAUCUGAAGCAAAGAACCCAGAAAUAUGCAAAGAAACAGAAUAAUUGGGUGCAGAACAGAUUCCUUAAGCGACCAGGACCUAAUGUACCCCAUGUGUACCGCCUAGAUGUGACUGAUCUAUCUGCCUGGGACCAGUUUGUUCUGUCACCUGCUCUGCAGAUUGUGAACAGUUUUCUACAGGGAGAAAAUCCAGCAAUUGAGCCUCUACGUCUACACUAUGAUGAAACUGUGAAUAAGCGUAGUAGUAGUUUGUGUGAUCUGUGCAACAGAGUCAUAAUUGGUGAUCUGGAAUGGGCAGCUCACAUCAAGUCUAAAGCUCAUCUUAAUAAUGCAAAAAAGAAGAGGAAAUUAGAAGGUCAGUGUGAUCUUGGAAACACUCAAGUGAAAAAACGAUUGUGCACUCAAGAUCCAGAGAGUGUGAAAGAAAAUGAAGAGGAAAGCACUUGUAAUGCAGAAACAGCAUAGAAGUUGUCAGGUAACUCAUGGAUGACGUAAAGGAGAUUCAUAUGAUAAGUGAGUUUGGGACUCACUAGGUAAGGCUUUAAAGAGGAGAUGUUUGCAUUUAUGUCAACAAUAAGGAGGCUCUCCAGGAUGAAGAGAACACAAGCAAAUAUUGGUUGCAUACUCCUACAAAACUUUGGAAAUCUUGGACUGAGGAAGGAACCCUUCCAGUGGCAAAAAAAUAUGGUGGUUUGAAUAAAUACUGGGAGGGCCAUAGACUGUAGGGGACCAGGCAACGAUGUAACUGCAUAGAAGAGGGACUUGGAGGGGGAGAGAUGGACCAGUUUGGGCCCAGGAGGCACAUUUGUUCCCCUCCCCUGGUUCAUGUUUAGACUGGGAUAGUGGAACACAACUUAUCUUAGCACCCCACCCCCAGAGUACAUGAAGGGGAAAGGCAGAGUGAAAGAAUUUUUUUUUUUCGUGGUCCUGGAAAGGUGAUGUUAAAUUCCAUAACCUGAUUAACCUCACUGAUGCAUUCUGAAGAUUUUGUUGUGGGGGCAUGUCACUUCUAGUUUUGCCACUGAAUCCUUUUGUGCAUGAAACUUUUGUCUGCUUCAAUCACAGUCACCCAUAGGUAAAUAAAAUAUUGUACUCAAGAAUACACAUUGUAUUUUUCAGGAGACAGAAUUUAUUUUCAUAUGCUUUAUAUUUAUUGCAGAUUAUAAUAAAUGUGCUUUCAUUUAACUGUU